UUCAAUCAUCAUCGACAAUCUCAGUCUGCUUCUAUGAAUGACAUUAGUAUCGCUUCUUUACUUGCUUCUGAUGAUAUUACUAGCUAUAAACGUAGAUGGAAUUUAGCAGAAGAAGAAUAUAAACAUACUAAAAAAUAUCAUAAAAAGCCAACAAUAAAUCAAAGAACAACUCUUACUUGUUUCCAUGCUACCGUGGCUCAAAAAUCAUAUGGUACCGAGAAAAGAUUCCUUUGUCCUCCUCCUAUUGUUCAUAUUGCAUCUAAUGAAAAAUAUUCAAAAAAGAUUCAAUUAUCCAUGUCAGUUAUUUGUGAAAAUGGGGGUAAAAUAUUAGAACAACGUUCUAUGUUGGAUGAAAAUCAAUCUGGUAGUUUUAAAUAUCUUCAUGUUACUGGUACAGCAAAGGCAAAACAUUUUUAUCUUAAAGUUAACUUAUUACCUAUUACAAAAAAUGAUCACUUAACAGAGGAAUCUUUGGCUUCAUUUAUUUCAAAACCUAUUUCAAUCAUUUCUAAACCAUCAAAGAAGACAGCAAAGACUCGUAAUAUUUCAACUUGUAUUCUAGCUCAUUCUACUGUUUCACUUUUUAACCGUAUUAAUUCACAGACAGUUCGAACAAAAUAUAUGACUUCUUCUAAUAAUAUGCUUUGUGCAAAAAACUCUUCUUGGUCUCCAUUUAAUAUCAUCAUCGUAAAUCAACCCAAUUUACCUCAUUCUCAUAAACUUUCUUCGAAACAACAUGAUCAUUUUACUUCACGUAUCCAACUUUCUCGAUAUUCAUCUCUCUCUAAUCAACAAGAUAAUGUGAAAAUACCUCAUCAUCUUACUUAUGGUACUGAGAUCAUCUUAAAAGAUGCUCAUACAGGUGUUACCUCUCCUUCUCUUAUCAUUCGUAAAGUUGAUAAAGGUCGCAUUAUUCAAUCUGCUUAUGGUCCUGUAAGUCAAAUGCAAAAGAUUGCUCUUCAAUUAGCUUCAACUGUACAUACACAACAGCCUAUUUAUUUAAGUGCAUCUGGUUCUAUAGCAGAGAAUAAUAAUGGUGGUGAAUUGGAUAAUAGCACAAAUUCAUCUAUCAAUCAUAGUACUUGGCUUGAUUAUUCUCCUUCAAAAAUGGUUCAAUCAGGAAAUAAUUCUCCUAUUAGUUAUGAAGAAGUAGAUGAUUAUCUUUGUUGGACUAUUGUUGGGAUAAAUAAGUUUGAACAUAUAACACCUCUUCCAUUAUUAACAUCAGUAGAAUAUCAAUAUAAUCAUCAUACUUUAAAUGUAGUUGGUCAACAUUUAAUCCAAGCUGCUCCUGUGCCUCGACUUUUAGAUCUUUGGCUAGGUACUCAUGGCCCACUCUUAACUCGACUUUCUCAACCACCUCAGCCCCAUAAACCUCAUGAAAUUCAUUGGUCUGUUCAAUUACCUUCUACUCGAGAUCUUUUAGCUGCUAAUCAUGACCUUAUCAUGACAAAGGAAAAUAAGAAAAGUCUUGAAUUAACUCUUUUAUUAGUCCGCCAACAGGAUGGUAUGGUCUAUCAUACAGGGAAG